UUUGACCGGGGUGGGGGUGGGGAUGGGGGGUGGAGCAGCCUACAGGGACCUGUGCCGCCCUUGUCAGCCUCUGAGGUCUGCGGCCAGUGAGAAGGAUGCUGUGUCACCCUGGGCGGGACUGCCCGGUGUACUGCUGCUCUUCCCAGGUGAGGGCAGCGAGAUCCUGGCUGUCCUCAUCACCCGGAGUACUAGAAACACACCCAGAGGUGAGAGAAUGGCUUCCUCGGGGUCCCAGACAAAGACACGUGGCAAUCACAGUGGCCACUUCGUACAACCUGCCAACCCAAACGUAGCGACGAUGCCGGAGGACGUCCUGUACCACCUGAGCCUCAGCACCAGCACGCAUGACCUCCCUGCCAUGUUCGGGGACGUGAAGUUCGUGUGUGUCGGGGGCAGCCCUACUCGGAUGGAGGCCUUCGCCAAGUACAUGGCCAAGGAGCUGGGCCUUGACCACCCAGGUGCUGAGUAUCCCAACAUCUGCGCGGGGACCGACCGCUAUGCCAUGUUCAAAGUGGGACCCGUGCUGUCUGUGAGCCACGGCAUCGGCAUCCCCUCCACGUCCGUCAUGCUGCACGAGGUCAUCAAGCUGCUGUACCACGCCCGCUGCUCCGACGUCACCGUCAUCCGCAUCGGCACGUCUGGCGGGAUCGGUCUGGAGCCUGGCUCCGUGGUCGUCACCCAGCAGGCGGUGGAUGCCUCCUUCUCGCCCAUGUUUGAGCAGAUGGUCUUGGGGAAGCGGGUGGUUCAGAGGACAGACCUGGACCAGGAGCUGGCGAAGGAGCUGAUGCAGUGCGCCACAGACCUGCCGGAGUUCCCCACGGUCCUGGCCAAGACCAUGUGCACCUCAGACUUCUAUGAAGGCCAAGGCCGUCUGGACGGCGCUCUCUGCUCCUACACCGAGAAGGACAAGCAGGACUACCUGCGGGCGGCCCACGCGGCCGGCAUCCGCAACAUCGAGAUGGAGUCUUCAGUCUUGGCUGCCAUGUGCAGCGCGUGUGGCAUCCCAGUGGCCGUGGUGUGUGUCACUCUGCUCAACCGCCUGGACGGGGACCAGGUCAGUAGCCCGCAUGACGUGCUGGUCAAGUACCAGCAGCGGCCACAGCGCCUCGUGAGCCACUUCAUCAAGAAGCGCCUCGCGGCCACCGGGACCCUGAAAGCCUAAGGAUGCGCGGCUACGAUGGCUGCAAAUAAAGUCACAGUCUGGGCGCCUGGCUGGCGCAGCCCGGAGAGCCCGCUACUCCUGGGAGCUCAGGAGCCUGAGUUCCAGCCCCAGUUCGGGCAAGAUUACUUAAAUAAAUAAAUACAUUAAAAAAAAUAAUUCCCCAUGAAAA